AUGUCUCAACCAAAGAUCACGGCCUUCGCCAACGAGAUACUUGACAACAUCUUCUCCCGCCUUAUCGACAAGGACGACUGGCUUGCUUUAUGCAAGACACAUCGCAGCUUCAAAGCCUCGGGCCAGCGACUUCUAUUUCGCGACAUCCAGAUACCUGCGCAACACAGCGCACAUUCUACGGGGCGUUGCUCAAUGCUACUAGGGGCGCUCACAGCCGCUUCGCAUCUUUUAGGCUUCGUGGAGACUCUACAGAUUGACUGUUGUCUGAAAGGAGACCUCGUACUCGAGCGAGACUCGAUUCACGCUAUCCUUACCAAAGUACAGACCAUACAGCGCUUGACUAUUUUCAUCGUGGAUCAGCCGCACGAAGAUCUUGCGUACGAUCUGCGCAAUGAGAUAUCGAGCGGAAUUAUUCACAUGUUGCAAAACCAAGCAAACGUCAAGCAAAUCAUCAUCAACUGUCCCGCGCGCCACUCAUUCGAUGCUGAAAUGCUCUUCACUCUCGAAUCAGCCACAACGCUACACGUACGAGAGAACACCCCGCAUUUGAAACGCCUAGGAUUUCCCAGGAAGCCAGGCGGACAGAUAUGCAACAUAGAUCUUCAGAAUUCGACACCCACCGACUACGCGCAGGAACUCGUUUACGUCCCCGAUAGUGUUCGGACGUGCCUCGAAACUCAAGAAACUACAAUUUUUGCGUUCAAAGGCCAACACGGUGGUUUCAUCACUUUCUGA